UCACGACAUAACGAGACCCAAAAAAAAAGAAAAUAUUUCAAUCAAAGCAAAACAAAAACAAAAAAUAGAGAGAUCAGUGAAUCAAUUUUGGAGGAGAAAGAAAAGAAUGGAGCAGCCGUACGUGUAUGCAUACCCACAAGGCACAGGGCCUUCGGGACCUCCGCCUCCACAAGCCGGAGGAGUGAUAGUGGAUCCAAGGUACUGCGCUCCUUACCCUGUAGAUCUAGCGAUCGUACGGAAGAUGAUGAAGUUGACGGACGGCAACUUCGUGAUAACGGACGUCAACGGAAACCUGCUGUUCAAGGUGAAGGAACCGGUGUUUGGUCUUCACGACAAGAGGAUCUUGCUGGAUGGUUCUGGUAAUCCUAUCGUCACUUUGAGAGAAAAGAUGGUGAGCAUGCAUGACAGGUGGCAAGUGUUUAGAGGAGGGAGCACGGAGCAGCGUGAUCUGCUGUACACGGUGAAAAGAGCGUCAAUGCUUCAGCUAAAGACAAAACUUGAUGUGUUUUUGGGACACAACAAAGAUGAGAAGAGAUGUGACUUCAGAGUUAAAGGGAGUUGGCUCGAGCGUUCUUGUGUUGUUUACGCCGGCGAAUCUGACGCCAUUGUUGCCCAAAUGCAUAGGAAGCACACGGUGCAGAGCGUAUUCUUGGGAAAAGACAAUUUCUCAGUGACUGUUUAUCCAAACGUCGAUUAUGCCUUCAUUGCCUCUCUUGUCGUCAUUCUCGAUGACGUCAACCGCGAAGACCGCGCCGCCUGAGACUCAUAUAUUAUCUCAGUUUAUAAUUAUCAUCAAUAAUGUGCUCUUUAUUCGUUUUGUCGAACCUAUUCGUAUUCUCUUAAGUGUUAAACUUUGUGUGAUCAUUUCAGUUGUAAAAUAAGCAAAUUAUUGCGUC